AUGGCUGUCGUUGGUGCUGCAACAUCAACCACAGGCACCAGUCCGCAGUACUCGGCAGGAGCGCUUAUCGGACUAGGAAAACACCAGUCCCUGACUUUGAAGAAAGGGUCAUGGAGAGCCCGAGGAGUUUCCGUGGGUGUGCUGGAAAAGAGAAACUGCCACGGAGUGCACAUUUGCGACACCGUUCCUGAUUCUGAGGACUCAGCUCUGUUCCAGGCUAUGGUGGCACGUGUCGAUCUCGCUAAGCAGCUUUCGAACGAGAGACGCAUACUCUUUGACUUCAGUUGUAGAAGGAGGCUCCUAAUAUGGAGCUGA